UGGAUGCAGGAAGUGGUGUCGAUGAUGGCAGGCGACGGCACGUCAGCAAGGAUCAAACAGGAACUGAUUGAAACGUCCUGCUGCAGUCCGUCCCCAUCGUCGGUCGGUAGCUUAUCCCAGACCAACAUACUGUACGGCAAUUCACCCACAGGAAAGAUGGACUUCAAAUGCAGUAGCAACAACAACGACACACAUCUCACAGAGCUGCACGGUAGCGGUGGUGCCAGCGGAAGCAACGGCAAUGCGAAACCACAGUCCCCCGGCUCACCGGAUCGGCAGUUCUGCAGCUCAACUACCUCCGCCAUCGGGGACUUUGGCAGCGAUGGCACAAACCACGACACGAUCAAGGAGGAACUGCCUCGGCGGCUGUGUCUGGUGUGUGGAGACGUUGCCAGUGGAUUCCACUACGGCGUUGCCAGCUGUGAAGCAUGUAAAGCAUUUUUUAAACGUACCAUUCAAGGAAACAUCGAGUACACCUGUCCCGCAAGCAACGACUGUGAAAUAAACAAACGGCGACGGAAAGCGUGCCAGGCGUGCCGGUUCCGCAAGUGUCUGCUGAUGGGAAUGCUCAAGGAGGGCGUGCGGCUGGAUCGGGUUCGUGGCGGCCGGCAAAAGUAUCGCCGCAAUCCGUGCUCCAACCCGUACCAGAUGCAGAUCAUUCAGUCGAACCAGCAGUACACGGCUCAAACGCUGGAAGACAUCAAAAUACUGGAAGUAUUAUCUUCGUUCGAGCCGGAUCCGCUGUCGAUCGGCGGUGGCGGUGAUAUGAUGGCGGUCGGCGACGAGCGCACCGGUCACGGUGCCCAAACGUCCAGCUCAUCGUUUUCGUCCGCUUCGUCGUCCUCGUCGACGAGCAGCACCAGCAGCAACUCGCCCGGUGCUACAGCGGCCGCCGCCGAUUCCGGUCUCGAUCGGAUGGUGAUGGGUGGCGAUGCACAGGAAAUAUUGAGCGUGCUGAGUGAUAUUUACGAUAAGGAGCUGGUCGGUGUGAUUGGCUGGGCGAAGCAGAUACCGGGCUUUACCGAUCUGCCACUGAACGACCAGAUGCGGCUGCUGCAGGUGAGCUGGGCCGAGCUGCUGACGCUAAUGCUUGCCUACCGCUCGAUCCCGUUCGAUGGUCGGCUGUACUUUGCCACCGACUUCUGGCUCGACGAGCGAUCGGCAAAGGAGUGUGGUGCCCUUGAUCUCUAUAACCAUCUUGCACAAAUCACCCAACGAUUGGAAAAGAUCUCGGCCACCAAGGAAGAGUACUAUCUGCUGAAGGCCCUGUCCCUGUCAAAUUGUGAUAUCAGACUGGAUAACUACAGUGCGCUCAAGAAAAUUCGUGACUCGAUACUGUACGCACUCAAUGAUUGUGUGCUGCUGAUAAGGCAACAUCAGGCGGUGUCCCAUCAGCAGCAGCUGCUACUGUUGCUGCCAUCGUUACGGCAAGCGGAUCACAUUAUUCGCAAAUUCUGGACGAAUGUGCAUAUCGAGGGCAACGUAACGAUGAACAAACUGUUUGUCGAAAUGCUCGAGUCCGUCUCACGAUAA